UAUUCCAGUGUUAGUAAGAUACAGGCUGUGGAAGUUAUAUCCUUGGCAAACUUUUCCUCUGGAAAGAAUCUCUAGGGGGAAUAGAUAUCCUACACAUGUUUCAUACACCCCCAUCAAAUAAUCAGGAGCUAAUUCCUCUUCAUCAUUCAGAGUUUCUCAGUUGGGAUGGAGGUGAAAAGGAAGAGCUGUGAUAAUGAUGGACAACCUGAAGCAAAGCAAGCCAGAUCAGAAACCACAAGGACAUCAGAUGUUUCAGGUCAACACUCUGUUGAAAUGGACACUGCAGAGAUCGGUGAGACGGGCGAUCUGUCGGCGGGGAUCAUAUCCAAAGGAAGUCAGAGGGAGCAUGCCAGCGACUCAACAGAGAGUUCUAGUUCAGAAUCAGAGUUGGAGAAGGAAAAGGAACGUCUCCGCGCAGAAGAGAAGCGCCUGACUAGAUCCUGCAGAAAACAACAACUCCGGGCUGAAAUCAAUGAGCUACAAGCUUCAGUAGAGGAUAAAAAGGUCCAGAAACAGUGUUUCACAUUAGGGAUGGAUGGGAAAGGCAAGGGGAGUGACAAUGACAAACGACCUGAAACAGAGCAAGCUAGAUCAGAUAGCCUGCCAGAAGGCACCGGGACGUCGAUAUCAAAUGUGACUGGUAUGAGUGGUGGACGUGCAGGGAACUGUAACAUUACUGGUCAGAGCAUACAUAUACACUACUAUGAUAAGGAUCAUAGUAAUGUGGAGUUGCUGUUGUUGGAUGGUGUCCCAGCUCUCACUGGAUUCACCUCAGAAGUUGGACCCUUCGUCGAUGUUUGA